AUGGAUCGCGACUCAACGUCGCCGCCGGAACGGCACAUGCGACCCCAUGUCCGGCUCAACUCUGGCAGCGCGAAUCUGCUCGACACCUCACAGAGCACCAUAUCCCGCGAGCAACUGCGCCCGACAGCAGCACGUCAGCCAUCGUCGCGCUCUCUCACACAAUUCUCCCGCCCGGGCACGGCCGGCUCGCUGCAGGCAGCUCCCGGCUCCCAUGCGCUCUAUUCCUCGCCCUUCCCCGCCGAGUCUGCCGAGUUGCUAUUGCCGCCGCGAAAGAGCAAGUCUCGCAGGUUUCGUGACGACGACAGUCCGAGGCGUACCCCCGACCCUGCCAGUGGAUUCGACAGUAGGAGGACAUCGUGGUCGUCUGAGAGCGCAGGAAGCAGAGACUAUGCGGGUCCAUUUGUCUCUCCAUUCGAUGACUCCCGCGCACCCUCCCGCGCAGGAAGCGACGAUGGAGUAAACACGCAGACCGUGAGCGAAAAGUACAACAUUCUGCCCUCAGCCGGUUUGCUGCUCUUCCCCGAAGAUGUUGAGAAGGAUGAUUAUAUGCACAAUCCGGAUCCCAACGACAAGGAUGGCAGGCUCAGCUGUGCAGAUCUCUUCAGCAAGCGCGGUAUCAUAAAUCUGGGCGGGCUGGCAUUGAUUACGAUUGGAAUCUUGAUUCUGUUUAUCGGUUAUCCCAUAUUAACCUUUGUUCAAGCCGCGAUUAAGCCCGGUGGUGACUCUUGCACCUCUGAUCCCGACUGCAUAUCUGACAGCAUGCCUUUGAUCAAGGGCGUUCGCCACGGGCUGAUUGAUCCGGACACUCCUGAUAGUGUCAAACAGCGCAUGGGUGACAAUGGCAAACAUCAGAGGCUUGUCUUCAGCGAUGAAUUCAACGACGAUGGAAGAACAUUCUACGACGGUGACGACCCUUACUUCCAGGCAAUGGAUUUCUGGUACGGUGUGACCAUGGAUUUGGAGUGGUACGACCCGGACGCGGCUGAGACGUCGGGCGGUGUGCUCAACUUGAAGUUCGAUGCAUUCAAAAACCACAAUCUGAAUUAUCGCUCCGGAAUGUUGCAAUCGUGGAACAAGCUAUGCUUUAAGGGAGGAUAUCUGGAGGCUGCGAUUUCACUACCUGGGCGCGGCGAUACCAUAGGAUUCUGGCCUGGUUUCUGGGCGAUGGGCAAUCUUGGCCGUCCGGGAUACGCCUCGACUACGGACGGAAUGUGGCCAUACAGCUAUCACGACAAGUGCGACGCCGGUAUCACGCCUAACCAGUCUGACCCAGAUGGACUCAACUAUCUUCCUGGAAUGAGACUCCCUGCCUGUACGUGUAGCGGUGCUGAUCAUCCAUCUCCUGGGAAAAGUAGGAGCGCCCCAGAGAUCGAUGCCAUCGAAGCGUCGGUAGAAUAUCUGACUCCGCCCAUUGGCAACGCCGUUGGAUCUGCUUCACAGUCUUUCCAAGUCGCACCAUUCGAUCCCUUCUGGCAGCCGCAAGCGCAGUGGAUGGAGAUCUAUGACCAUUCCAUCACAGAGGCCAACGCCUACCAGGGAGGUGUUUAUCAGGAGGCUGUAUCCGCACUGUCUACUCUGAACAACGAUUGGUAUGACGGAAAGCAAUAUCAAACCUAUGCAUUCGAAUACCAACCAGGCGGAGAUGGCUACAUCACCUUUUACGUUGGAGAGGAGAAGACCUUCAAGGUCACGCACAAUGCAGUAGGGCCAAACGGCAACGUUGGUCAGCGCGUCAUUCCAGAGGAGCCGAUGGCYAUAGUUGCGAACUUCGGAAUGAGCAACAGUUUCUCCACUCUGAACCUCACUGGAUUGAUGCCUCUAAUGCCCGCGACGAUGCGCCUGGACUACAUCCGAAUUUAUCAAGACGACAACGGCCAGAUGACUUGUGACCCCGUCGGCUAUCCGACGACGCAGUAUAUUGCCAAUCAUCCGGAGCCCUAUUCAAAUCCAAACUUGACUCACUGGUCCCAAGCGGGUUAUGAAUUUCCCAAGAACGAAUUCAUGCAUAGCUGCGAUGCAGAGAGCAAGCCAAAGCCCAAGAGGUUCAAGCGGUCGGCACCUACCAGUGAUACCAGCAGCAAGCCAAAGACCAGGAAGAUCAAACGAUCUGCACCGACCAAGGAAAGCUGGCUCCCAUGGACAUGA